UCAGUUUGGGUUUCAAAAUGCAAACAUAAAAUACUUCAAAAUUCCUGAAGACCUGGGUUGACUGGGGCCAGAGUACCAUGGGUCCUAGAUAAUCUUAAGUACUCAGUACAGCACCUCUUCUUCUGGUCUCCAGCUGAUGUCUUUUCUGUUCCAUCUUGGCUUUACAAUCCUUUGUUGAUCUCUUGGGCUCCUCAUCUGGAAUCCUAGUUUCUUUCUUUCUCCCUUUUCCCCCAAUCUUAUUUUUAAUCCCAGUUUAGCAACCUAACUUUUUUGCUUCUGGCUACUCAUCAUCUGUAUUUAUUAUUCUUGACCGUGAACUGUGAUUUCAGUUAGUCCCAGCACAAAGGUUGUCAGGAGGAAUCUCAGCUCUUCUCUCCUUCCUCCAAAUUAAGGACAUCUGCAGUGCCUUCUCAGUACCUGAGUAGCAGUGAAAAGAGAAACUCGAGACAGACAAUUGUAGGCCAGCAAGUCCUGCUUUUGCAAUAAUCUCCCCAUCAUCUCCAAGCCAGUUCUUAACCUGUGAGCAGACAUAGUAAUUGAAGAAGCAGCGGAGAGUCAUGGAAAACCAGUCAUGCCUCUCUGAAUUUUUCCUCCGAGGAAUAUCUGGGUCACCAGAGCAACAGCAGUUACUCUUUGGUAUCUUCCUGUGUAUGUAUCUUAUCACCUUGACAGGGAACCUGCUCAUCAUCCUGGCCAUCAGCUCUGACCCGCACCUCCACACCCCUAUGUACUUCUUUUUGGCUAAUCUGUCUUUUGUUGAUGUGGGUUUAACAUCCUCCACAGUUACCAAGAUGCUGGUGAAUGUUCAGACUCGGCGUCAUACCAUCUCCUAUGCUGGUUGCCUCACACAAAUGUAUUUCUUUCUGAUGUCUGGUGACCUGGACAGCUUUUUCCUGGCCGUAAUGGCGUACGACCGCUAUGUGGCCAUCUGCCGCCCUCUCCACUACUCUGCAGUCAUGAGCCCCAGAGUCUGUGCCCUGCUGCUUGCCUUGUGCUGGGUCCUCACACACACUGUUGCCCUGACUCACACCCUCCUCAUGGCUCGGCUGUCCUUCUGCGUUGUGGGGGAAAUAGCUCACUUUUUCUGUGACAUAACUCCUGUCCUGAAGCUGUCAUGUUCUGACACCCACGUCAACGAGUUGAUGCUUUUUGCCUUAGGAGGCACAGUACUCAUCGUCCCCUUUAUUUGCAUUGUCGUCUCCUACAUCCACAUUGUAUCGGCCAUCCUGAGGAUGCGAACUCCUGGUGGGGCGGGCAGGGCCUUUUCCACCUGCAGUUCCCAUCUCUGCAUUGUCUGUGUGUUCUAUGGGACCCUCUUUGGUGCCUAUCUGUGCCCUCCUUCUGUUGCCUCUGAAGAAAAGGACAUUGCAGCAGCAGCAGUGUACACUGUGGUGGUCCCCAUGUUGAACCCCUUUAUCUACAGCCUAAGGAACAAGGACAUGAAGGGGGCCCUUAGGAGGCUCCUCAGUCGUGGGAGAGUUUUUUCCUCUUAGAUAUAGUGGUAGCAAACUUUAAUGAAAAGACAUAGGCUUGGAGCCAGACAAACCUGGCUUCAGUUUUGGGUCUACCACACACUAGUCAUAAGAUUGCUAACCUCU